AUCCUCCAAGCAGGCGGCACCCAACACAAGAGUUUUACGAAGCUCCAGCUCUGCAAAUUCAGCAAAUAAAAGCUCUUCUUCUUUAACCAUGACUGAGAGGCGCAUCCCCUUCACUUUUCUUCGCACCCCAUCUUGGGACCCAUUUCGAGACUGGUACCAAGGCAGCAGGCUCUUUGACCAGACUUUUGGAAUGCCAGCUUUCCCAGAGGACAUGCACGUCUUCCCCACCAGCCACUGGCCUGGCUAUAUGCGACCAUCCAUGGCUUCUGAUAUGGCGGCCUUGAUGCAAAGCACAAUGGGCACUCAGGUAGCUGCACCACCAAUGCCUUCACCCAUGCCCCCACCCAUGAUGCCCCAUCCGGCGGCCUACGCCCGCGCGCUGACUCGCCAGAUGAGCACAGGCAUGUCAGAGAUCAAACAGACGCAGGAUGGCUGGAAGGUGAGCCUGGACGUCAACCAGUUUUCUCCUGAAGAACUCACAGUAAAGACCAAGGACAAUGUCGUGGAGAUCAUUGGUAAACAUGAGGAAAGAAAGGAUGAGCAUGGCUUCGUUUCUAGAUCCUUCACAAGGAAGUACACACUGCCCCCUGGUGCUGACGCGGAGAAGAUCACCUCCUCUCUCUCCCCUGAGGGUAUCCUGACAGUGGAGGCUCCACUCCCCAAAGCUGCCAUCCAGUCCUCAGAAAUCAACAUCCCAGUGAACACAGGCAGCAUAAGCGCUGUGAAGCAGGGCGACACCAAGUGAUGUGUAGAAGGAACGUCUUAAGCACCAGAUUUUUUAGAUCAACCUGAGACACAUACACAGUUUUUACAUCCUUACAUGCAUGCGGUCAAAAACUGCACAAACACAGACAACUGGGCAUGUGUACAUAAGUAUAUGACACUAAUGAAUACUUAUAUAUUUAAUAUUUUGUAGCUUUGCAUGCUUACCAUAAAUGUCAAGAAGACUUUAAGAUGAAGAUGAUUAGAGGACCUUACCUUUGUAAACACUAUGGACUUGUCAAUAAACUUUUUACUUUGAAUUAA